UGGAACGGAGAGUUUAUUGGUCGUGAUUCUACCGAGCGCCAUUUGCAGUCUAAAGUCGAGUACAUGUUCCCGUCCACGAAUUGAAAUGAAAGGAGCUGGGGUGCAACUGAAGAAUUCCUCCUCGCAACACAAGACAUUGAAGGAAUUGUUCAGCGCGCUGUCGCCGAAACUCCAGCAGUUAGUUCGCGAGGCUGAGGACCAAUCUUGGCCAUUCGUCUUCGAGGAGUGGCAGUUCGAGCCGGACAAUAAGAAGGAGAUCGUCAACAUCAAUGACCUCAUCCAGUCCAAGAAUGCAGUGUAUCCUGAUAUGACGGAGGAGGAUGUUCUGAAGGAAUGUCUUGAACUUGCCUAUUCAGAGAAGGCCUUCGAGACGGCCGCGUCAGUCGCCCUCCUGCUUGAUCGGUUGAUGUAUUUGCAUGGUAACUCCAAAUACAUCCUCGACAAGGUGGACGACAUCAAACAGCAGGCGCCCACCACGGCCAUCGCGCCACAGGUCUACCUAAGAAAGGCAAGGUUCCUCAAAGACGGGGGCUCUCUCCAAGAUGCGGACAAGACGCUCGAUUUCAUUCUCUCAGAGAAGGGACAUAAAGAGCAAUGGCACUAUAAGGAGGAGAGCCAGUACAACAUUGUUCACGCAACAUGCGUCCAGGUGAAAGGAGUUAUCAGACAUAAUCUCGGUCUUUGGUUGGAAGCUGCAGACCUUAUCCUCGAGUCUAUCCGGAGAUACAACAGCCUACCCAAGCCCGACCAAAAAGGAAUAAGCUCCUCGUUGGGCAUCCUCUCAGAUGCCCUAAGAAACAUCUCUCAUUCAGAGUUCAAGCAGAUGCUGCUGAAGUAUGCGUGCCGCUAUAACCAUCCCCUUGAAGAGGCCUAUGCUGCGAACAGACAGGCUGCCUGGCUGACUAGAUUCGACCCAUUUUUCUUCGCGAGGCAUACGCGAAGGGCUGGCGAGGUGUUGCUCAUGUUCGUGAUCACACUGCCUCAGGAAGACCGGCUUAAGCUGAUCACCCAGGCUCUCAACGACCUCAAGAUGAGUCUCAAGGGACACCUAUCAUUGAAUAAACUCACGAGUCGAGAGCAGCUGUAUGAAUUCACAUGCGCUGUGUACCAAUGUUUCAUAGCCUACUGUCUGAUGGCUACCCCAGGAGCAAUCUCGAAAGCUAUUGAGAUCGAAAAGAACUGCAUGAUCAUUUAUGAUCAUCACUGCGCCGCUACUGACGCUGUUCCUCUCGAGGAGAACUUUGUCAAAGCAAUCCAUAAAGUCCAUGACUUGCUGGAACUACCGCGACAAACUGUCAGUGCUCCUGAAACUAAUGAGUUUCUCAACCUACCAGCUUAUGAAUACCGGUACCCGACUCUCCGAGAAUCUGUGGCAUCGACCCCUAACCAGAUAGGCACUCAGGUGGUAUCCCAUCCUGAGGAGACAGCCAACAGUCGAGCGCCAUUGUCCCGUUUCCGCACCCGGGUUAAGAGACAUGCUACUGGUGCUGCCACUCCAAGGAAAGACAAUCAAAACGAAAGGGCCAUGGAAGAAUCUGCAACGACAUGUGUUCGUUCCAUCUCUGGGAGCUUGGCACCUACACUUACGGAUCCAGAGGCCGACACCAAGCCAUCCGAACGACAACCAGCGGCUGCUACUCCUGUGGUGACCGAGCACAACCGCUCGGGUACUCGAGCUCGACUCACCCGUUUCAAUACAAGAGCUAACAGACAUGCUAUUGGCUCCACUGCAUGGAAUGGUGAACAAGAAGGAGACACUUCAGUCGCUGAUCUCUCGGAAAAGAUAACUUCCAUCUCAGUGAGUUUGUCAGUAGCACCUACUCUUAUGGACCCAGAGGCUGACACUCAACCAUCAGGACGACGACAGCCAGAGACAGCAGACUCGUCAAGGUAUCGAGACACAGGGAUAGCAGUUAAAGUGGGAGAUAGAGAAGGUCAGUUUCAGCAGAUGACCAAAUCUGGCGGAGGUCAGAAUGAAGAGACCGGCACUCCUGCGGUAGUUCGCCCGCCUGUCGCAUCGCAUUGCCUGGGGCUUCCGAGCGCCAAUAAUGUCGUAGAAACUGCUUCUGGGACUGGUAGUCUCGGAGGACAGUUUGAACUGCCGCAUGAAGCUGCUUCUCUUGCUGAUCAUUUGGGUGUUGAUGGUUCAUCUGUAGAUACAGGUUACAGUGGAUCAACGCAAGGCUUGAUGAAUCCAAAGACAGAGGAUGUGUCCAUCGCGAGUCACGAACAAGGGGUCGAAAUUGACGAGUACGUUGAGAGUGUCCAACCGAUGUACCUCGAAGACAAACCCACACAACUCCCGAAGACGUUCCUCGUGCCUGAUCCAGUGAGCCCAAUAAGCUCAUUCGUAGACUGCACCCUCUCUGCAUUGCCUGGACAGACAAUGAAUCCUUCCGCUAAUAUCGUGAUGACUGAUUCCCGCCAAGGUCACGCCUUAAAGACAGGCGAGAUACCGUUGGGUGUUCAUCGUGCCCGGGUGUUUAAAUUCGACGCUGCCCACAAUACAUGGACUUGCUCGACAACGCUGGUCUACGUCGAUGAGGAGCUGGACGUUCGUCGCAAGGGAGCCAUGCGGGACGUCAUCAAACUUCAGUAUCUCAAUCAGGAUGAACCAAAAGCAAGAUACGUUGGCAAGAGCUACCGAGAUGCCAAGCGGAAGAAGCUGCAUUUGUACUACCAGGAUGUCGUCUGCCAGAUGACGGCGCGCCAUUUCGUGGCCCUGUUCAACCAGGCGGUCAAGGACGACAAUCCGGCCUGGAAGAUCCAGUUUGUCCCUGCAGCGCACAUCCAACUUUUGUCGGAUGACCACAAGGACAUAGUUUAUUUGUUUAAUGUUGAGCCGUUCGUGGAGGGAUCAGAUUUUGUCAAAGUGACCAACAACUUCACGUACGUCAACCCAAGAUUAACUAAGAAACUUGUGGACGUGUCUCUAGCCUUUAUGCACUUUACAUGGGAGCAGUCUGAAGGCAGGAUACUGGUGACAGACCUUCAGGGCUGGUUGCCCCGGGACCAAAAAGGCACCAUCAUUUUCACAGACCCGGCCAUUAAUUCAGAACCUCUGAAGACCGCAUUUGUUACUGGCAACCUUGGUAAAAAGGGUGUUGACGCCUUUUGGAGUCAUCAACAUCCGACAUGUAACGAUAUAUGCUACUCGCUAGGAAUAAAGAGACCUCAAUUUGCCUCUUAAUUCUUACACUACAGACGCAGUGGACGGGCCUCGUCCCUCAUCAUAAGGAGAUCCAAUUAGGAUAAUGCAAUGGACUGUCCUGGGAGAGUCUAUUGAAUUCCUAGCUGAACAAAACGCUAUUUUACCAGAAAUGUAAUACAUGUAUAUUUAUUUAGUGAAGGGUGUGUGAUUCAGGAAUUCAUAACACUUUAAGAAUUAAAACACUCUGAAGAGUCUAUACACCUUGGAACUGCCAACUUUGGUAAAGGUGGCUGGGGCGUUUUUUUGGCGCGGUCACUGACUUGUAAGCGCAGUCCGUGACGCGAUCGACAUCGUAUGCAAUAUCUAUCACAUCAUGUCAGUCAACAUGACAUCAAUCGAUAGGACCGGAAGGUAGCCAGUGCUGGAACUGACAGCUGAAGCAGUGAAAAAGUGUAUUCAACAUCCAGAGUCUGUAAUAUCCUGGCAAAUAUAGAAAAAUGCAUCUUUUGCACAGUCACUGACUUCUACAAUCACCUUUGAACUGCCAACAUUGGUAUUAAAAGGUGCCUCACGCGGUUUUUUUUUGCUGGGGCGGUCACUGACGUCUACAUAAGUGCAGGACUAUAGAAGUCUGAGGCGCUCUCACUAUAUGGAAAUGCAAUUCUAUCCGAUAUCCAAUGAUAUAUAUCUUGGCAAAAAUACAAAUAUACUUUAGGGGGACACGCACUACUUAUUUUCAUAGAGGACUUUGUACUGGUGUUAAAAAAGAUUCCUUUUUAAUGCGCUCCCAUGCACACAAUUAGGGCGAGUAUUAUUAACGAACAUAUAGUUCAUAUAUAAGUGUCACGAAAACUGAAAUGUUGUCCUUUAGAAUUUCUCUUAUUGAAUUAGAAUUUCUCGUAUUGCGAAGUCGAAAAAAGGUUACGUUUUCGUAUGAGCAGCAAACAGGUGUCACAUAUUAUAGGUAUACAGAUUGAGGCAUCUAAAUUUCUAACUGUAACAUUUUAGCUAUAACAUUUUAUUGAAUAAGAUGUCACAGCGGUAAUACAUAAGACAAUGAGACGCGUUUUUUUUCACGAACCCAAAACACUCUGAGGUAUAUAUACAACCUGGAACGCCAAGCUUGGUAAAGGUGGGUGUGCCUUUUUUUACGCGGUCAGUGUAAAUGCAGGCCUAAAAGGUGAUCCGUCGCAUGUCGCUCUGAGCUUAGUAGGUUGAGAUGGACUGGUUGUUCAUUGUUGUCUGUUUUGUGAAAUAUGAGUACACCAAUUUCUUCCAUUAUCUCCUGGUGUCAUUAAGACGCAUCUUCUGCGCGACAUGCGCCUGGUUGCGCUGUGACGGGUCUGGCGCGAUCAAUAUCAUGAUAUUGCAAUUGUAUCAAAUAUCCAGAGUUCUUUAAAGGGGACACGCACGACCAAUCUUUAUACCUGGUCUCGCAUGAUGUUCUGAAAAGACUCCCGGGGGUCAUGUGUCGACUAUAAUUCUAAAAAGCACGUGCCUGGUUCUUUUUCUACAAUGUCAAGAAAGUGCAAACGACUAGCUCAUAGAAAAUCAAAUAGUUGUCAUUUUUGUGUGACGCCUACGUAAAAAUGCCGGGCUGUCGCAUUAGCACCAAGCAGGUGACACUUCAUCAGGGGGGUAAUCCUUGUCCAGUGCUCUUUCCCAAAAAAGGCAAGCUUGUCAUGCCUGAACGAACCGUGCCGGCGACAACAGCGCGAGUUGCAUCCUCUUACGCAUCCGCCAGGCUGUGCCACAUGCGACAAUACAUGUAAUAUUAUGAUUUAACAAAAACCAUCACAAUGAUUCAACAAAAAUCAUCAAAUCGCAAAAAAUGGGGACUUGUCCAAAACAAGUGUUUCCUCGUCCUCGGUACACCAAAUUGACAAUAGUGCACGUACUUGACCGACUUUUUUUGUUGAGAGGCGUGACUGGCGUUUUUUCUUUCAAAUUAUCUUGCAUCCGAAAAAAAUCUCUGAAAAUAAAGGCAUGAAUGUUUGCCACAUUUUUUUUUCCUCUGAUGCGAUAAAUUAUGAUGUCUCGUGCUUAUACUCCGUCGAACGCAUUCCUCGUUUGGAUGACAAAUUGCCCGUUAUUGACGAUAUGCUUGUGAUAAGGGUACAUUUCCAUAGACAGAUCCCUUAACACAUACUGCUCCUCUUUUCUCUUCGUUCUAUCUGCACUCGAGUUUAUUGUUGUUAAGCUUAUGUAAAAUUAUUUUAUAAGGCACAAUAAACUAUUUUGAAUUUGAA